UCUGCGUGUUCAGAUGCUCCUGUGACUCCGUGUUUUCAUCCGCAGCUGAAGCUUUUGUGAAAAGAUAACACAGAAGUUAUACAUCUCCAUGGUUUCAUACGCGUGAAGUGGGUGUUCGGUACCAGCAUGGAAGGUAAAGUCAUCGGACCGGGUCCGUACAGGGCGACCAAACUGUGGAAUGAAACUAUUCAACUCUUCCGUGGAGGUAUGCCGUUGAGAAGGCACUGGGCACACUUCCGCUACUAUGAUUGGAGCUUUACGGGAUCCGAGGCUGUGGAUUAUCUGCAUGAGCUGCUGAGGGGCAACUACAACUUCGGGCCCGAGGUGACUCGCUACCAGACUCUGCAGCUGCUCAGGAAGUUCCUCAAGGCCCAUGUCAUUGAAGACAUCAAGGGACGCCAUGGGACAGAGGACUUUGAAGACAAUGGCCAUCUGUACAGGUUCCCCACACUGUCUCCCCUGAAGUCUUUUCCAACAAGGCCCAUAUUGAGAGACAGCAGUGACCUGCCCAGACUCAUUCGCUGGGAUGACUAUGAAGAAUUGCCUCAGCAGGAAAACAUUGCACCCCCAAAGUCUGCUGUCAUGACCUCAGAUUUGUGGAAUAAAAGGCACAGUGUGGCUAUUGGGGAUGUGCAUGAAUGCAAGCUCAUACGGAGGAAGGAGAUAACUGCGAAACAAGUGGACCACAUCUGGAAAUCAAUGACAACUGCACAUUUGCAAAGUGUGCUGGGCCUAACGUCAUUGGAUGGAGUUUUAGACCCACGGCAUGUGAACGGCAAGCACAUUGUUCACAAUGUGUUCAGCGUGAAUAAGACGGGCAUCGUCAUAUUGGAGAAUAAAGCUGAGGACAUGCCAUACUGGGUUGUAUCAGCAAUGAAAUGCCUCGCCAAUUGGCCUAAUGGCAAUGAAAGCAAGCAGCCAGUGUACCCGGGUUUUGAAAGGGAUGUUCUGAGAACAGUCGGAGAUUACUUUCAGAGACUCAAAGAACCCCUGCUCACUUUCCAUCUAUAUGAAGUCUUUGUCAACAUUCUCAGUCUGCUGCAGGAGCAGGAGUUUGCCACUGAAGCUCUUCAAGUCAGCUGUCUCUUACUGCCGCCUCCAAACCGACGACGCCUCCAGCUUUUACUGCGCCUCAUGGCUCGUGUCUGCCAGAAUCCCCACCUGCCUCCACUCAAUGACUUCAUUGCUACCCGCACACUGAUGGUGCAGAUGUUCUCACACUGCGUUCUGGGCUCAGUAGAUGAGAUGGACUUGGAUGAGCUGCUCGCCACCAAACUGGUGACUUUCAUGAUGGAGCACCACAACACCAUCUUCCAAGUCCCUUCCAAGCUGCGUCGCCAGGUUGAGGAGCACCUGUCCCACCUCAAAAGAGUUCAGAUCAAAUACGCAGGAUCAGAUACAGACUUCAGCACAUCUCCAGCCUUUUGUAAACAGAUCAGCAGGGUGGAGUCUGAGGAGCAGAAGGUGAUAGGAACACAGACCCCCUUGCAGGAGCUGCUGGAAGGCCUAAUUGCAGACAAAGAACUGCCUGCCAAGGACAAGAGAAAAAGGCUUAAACAGUUCCAGAGGUCAUACCCAGAAGUUUACAACAGUCGAUUUCCCACUGAGGAGAGCAAAGCUGCCGUCAUACCCGAGAAAACCCCGCGACUCAAGCCCCCACUCAUGUUCUUCAAACUCAAGACACCCUUCCAGCCCUUUCAGAGGAGCUGGAGUUUUAGAGCGUGAUCUGCCACCACUGACACACUUGCACUUCAUGCUGUUUACACAACUCAACCUCAGUGUCAUGAGAUAAGGAGCAAUGUGGCUGUAAUAGAGCUCUGGCCCCAGUUUUGGUCUCACACACACACACACACACUCACAUUUGGUCAAUCACUACAACUAAUGUUUAAAAAUUUAGUUGCGCUUUGUAGCACUGUUGAACUAAUAAUUUCAAUGUUAAGUUUAUGGAAAUAAUAAUAAUAGUAACACUAAUAAUAGAAGGACAUUCCCACUGACUUCCAGUCCCAUUAGCAAGCACUUUGGUCUUAAAUACAGAAAACUGCAAACAAUAAAUGUGGAUACAUUUUUUUAUUAUUGUGUUGCUAGAAAACUUGAACAAUAUGUAGGAAAUGAUCAACAAUUAACACUGAGAGAACCACUUAUAUUUGUCAAAAUGGACUUUCAUAGUAUGUCUCAUAUUUUUCUACUAAGAAACUGUUUGUUAUAAAGGUCUAAUGACCGGAACACAUGGGGUGUGAUCCAGUUAAUUAAUUCAGUACCAGUAAAUGUAGCCUACGGUUCCAAACCCUGCAUAACCAACUGCAUUAUCACUUGGCAAAACACACACAGUGCACACAGUGAAGGUGGCACACAAACACAAAGAUGGAGUUUAGCGUAGCAGGUUAAAAAAAAAAAAAAAAAACACUAUGCAUACAUGAUGCAUUGCUUCCG